AUGGGCAGAGCCCCGAUGCCACAGCAUGACGCCGGGAAAAGGGAGCUCCCACCUCAGGGCCCCCCCUGGAGAGCAGGGGGUCCUGCCACGCUGAGGGUCCUGAUCCUCGCCCUGCUCUGGAGGGGGUCCCUGGCCCAACAGGCUGGAUUUACCCUGACGGUGCCGCAGUCAGUGUCGGUGCAGGAGGGUCUCUGUGUUCUCAUCCCCUGCACCUUCACGUACCCAGCCUCCUACGACACUAAGAAUUCCUCAGCCCGGCUCUACAGAUACUGGUACAAGGAUCAGGCCCAGAUGAGCCGGAAUCCACCUGUGGCCAGCAGUGACCCCAGCCGGGGGGUGUCGCAGGAGACCCAGGGCCGGUUCCAGCUGGCGGAGAAUCCAGCUCGUGGCGACUGCUCCCUGCAAAUCAACGACGCCCGACGGACGGAUGCGGGGAGAUAUGUCCUUAGAGUCGAGGGAGUCUUUAGCUACAAUUACCUCUCCACUACCGAUGGCACUGACCUUACGCUCACGAUCUCGGUGCCACGGCUGACGGAGGAGCCAGAGAUCCAGAUCUCGCUGGGGCGGGGGCUGCCAGGGACGCUGCUGGCUGGGGAGCCGGUGACUGUGACGUGCACGGCCCCUGGGCGCUGCUCCGGGUCCCCUCCCCGAGUCACCUGGACGGGGCCAUUCAGCGACACAGCCCAGAAUGUCUCAGCCCAGCUGGCGAACGGCACCUGGGCCCACAGCUCCACGCUCAGCUUCACACCCGGCCCGGGGGACCACGGCAAAGAGCUCGUCUGCAACGUCACCUACAGGCCACCACAGGGACCUUCCACCCACAGAACCGUCCGGCUCCACGUCGGCUUGACCCCCCCGGUGCUGUCCAGCCCCCCUGAUCUCCCCUGUCUGGUUUGUGUUACAGACCCGCCCAGGCCCCCCAACAUCACCGGGACCCUGACCAGGAACGGACGCCCCGUGCCAGAUGUGUGGGGAGCUGAGGGCGACGUCAUGUCUCUGAAGACCCAGGAGGGCGACUCCCUGAGCCUGAGCUGUGAGGCUGGGAGCAGACCCAAGGCCACCCUGAGCUGGGCCAAGGGGAACGAGUCCCUGAGCCCUGGCCAGAGAGGGGCCGGGCUCCUGGAGCUGCCGAAUCUCAGCAGAGGGGACGCUGGGGAGUAUCGGUGCUGGGCGAAGAAUUCCUAUGGGUCGGCCAGCCGGGCCCUGCGUGUGCACAUGCAGCGUAAGGCUCUAGGGGGCGCCGGGGCGGGGAGUGGGGCACGGGGACUUUCCCCUCUAGGGUGCACUGGCCCUGAUCUGGCCCCGGGCAGGGACUGGCUGGCUCAGGGUGCGAGUGGCUCUGUUUUAUUUCUAUUCUCAGAUCCCAGCACCCUGGUGGCGAACUGGUCACAGCUCUCGGCCCGGGAGGGCGACUCCCUGCGGUUCCUCUGCUCCAUCGCCAGCAGCCCUCCCGCUGCACUGGGCUGGGUGAGGGGGGGCCGAGCCAUCGAGGGUUCCCGCCCCACGGGGGAGAAUCAGCUGCAGCUGGAGCUGCCCAGCGUGACGGCCGAGGACGGGGGGCUCUACGGGUGCUGGGCCCAGAACAAGGAGAGCUCUGCCCAGGGGACGUUCCAGCUGCUCAUCGAGUACAGCCCCCGGCCGGGGACCGGGCUGAACUCGUCCUGCCAGCGCCAGGGGCCCAGCGUCAGCUGCAGCUGCUCACUGCGCUCCCAGCCCCCGCCCCAGCUCCAGUGGCAGGUGGACGGGGAGCCUCUGGCUGGGAACAGCUCACGGGGGGCCCUGCAGGUCAGCUCCUGGGCCCAGGGGGACGAGGCCGUCAGCACCCUGAGCUGGACGGGGAGUGGGGACAGGGGACCCCAGAUCUUCUGCCUCGGCUCCAACCCCCACGGGAGCUACGCCGCCCUGCACUUUGACUUCAGCCCCCUGCAGAGAGGUGCGGAGGAGCCUGUCAAGCUGCUGGGCAUCGGCGCGGCCUGUGGGCUGGGGGUCGCCGUCGGCUUCUUCCUUCUCGGGCUCUGUGUGAUCAAGCUGCGGGGCCGGAAGCCGGCGCCCCCCAGCGCCGAGCCCGUGGAGAUGGCGAACGGGAGCCAGGCUGAGCACACGGCCGACGACGCCAGCCUGAUCUACAGUAACAUCCCCACCCUGCCCAUGGAUCACAAGACUCCAGCCGCCCGCCGGACCAAAGGCAUCCAGGAUGGGGCUGCAGCAGCACAGGCCCCGCUAGGCCCCGGGGAGCUGGACGAGCUGCAUUACGCCUCCAUCGACUUCUCCAAGCUGCAGCCCAAACGGGGGGAGCCUGCGGAGGCCCCCGCCACGGAAUAUUCCGAGGUCCGGCUGAAAUAGCCCCCUCGCGCCAUGGGCCCCCGGGCUGGGCGUAUCUGGCCUGGCCAGUGAGGGAGGGGGUCAAAGUGAGAAAGGGGGAAGGGGAAAGGGGUCAGCCCAGAGCUGGAAACCUGGGUGCAAAUCCCUGCUCUGCCCUGGACUCAGGGCAAAGUCAACUAGACCUUGGAGAUGCUGGAGCGCUGCAUUGUGGGGAGGUAUCCCAGAGUCCCCUGCAGCCGGGUGCCAAAGCCUGCCCCCUCCCAAACCCUACUGCCCCCAGGGGAAAGAGCCUCUCACCCCUCAGCCCCAGAGAGUCUCUCUCCUACCCUGCCUGAGCCCUCACCCACUCGCUUCACAGGAUGGUCACGCUCAGGGGCAGCAGCUGGCAGGAGCUGGGGUGACCGGACAGUAAGUGUGAAAUAUCAGGACGGGGGUGGGGGGUAAUAGGAGCCUAUUCAGCAACUCCUCACUGAACGUCGUCCCGCCCCACGUUGUUUCCAAGUUUCGUCGCUGCUCCGUUAGGGAACGUGCCCCUGUGAAGGCGUCUGCGCCACGCUCCCGUCUAGCGUGGUUUGGCUGCUUUUACAAGGGAGCGCGGCACGAGUUCCUCUUCUCCCCCGCCCCCGCAGCGCUUCCCCUUAAAGCCGGCUGGAGAGAAGCAGCCAUUUGAAGAGGAAGCGUCACUUCUCUCCGGCCGCUGGCUGCGCGGCUGCCCCUGCUCCUCCACGGGCCGGACUCAGGGCCACUUUCCGAAAGGGGCUUCAGAGCUGCAGGCCCGGGG